GUCACAUGUAGGAAAACCACCUCGAGGCCAUGCAUGGGUGGAUGUAUUUGGGGCCUCUCGGUCUGGAUGUGGGAGCGUUUGCCGGUUGGGCGUCUUGAAAAGCAUCCUUCACCGCACGUGUGGGUAGGCCUUAAUGAAGAAGAUGAUGUUUUUCGCCUCCCCACUGUGGCAUUCUCUUGGGACCGGGUUAGAAUUUUUGGAAGCAAGAACAAGUCCUUGUACAAGAAUUUCACCAACGAGAUGGACAGCCUCACAUAUCGUCAGGUUAACUAGAGGCCUUAUGAGGCAAAUAGGGGUUUCACAUUGAACCAGAUGUGCACUAGGGACUCUCAUCUUUGGCGGAUCAGGUGCCCUCUCAUAUGCAUUUAUGCUGUCGAGUGGCAUCUACCACAUCGAGUGGCCAUGCAAUUUGGUAUGAGGCAACGCACCCCACCGGAGCCAGCAAGCACGGGUGGACUUGAGCUUCACAAUCAGAACCGAAAGAAUAAUCAGAAUGUGCUUGAGUGGGGACAACACCAUGCUAGGUAUGUCGAGAUGUGGGGGCAGAGGCUCGGUUCUAGAGAGACGGAUAUGACUUUGGCGGACAUGAGGAAUUACAAAGAAACUCAUCUAAAGUGGUAUGAAAACAGGAGGCGAUUUCGGGUGCGUUUGAGGCCAAGGUGGACUGACGCAAAUCUCGCAGAUCAUGAUCCAAACAAUGAAUCAGAUGAUGAGUAUGACGCCAUAGUGAGAAGUACACAAGGUUCUCACAGAGAGUAUGCACCCCUGACUGAUAGAGUGACUUUUGAGCUCAAUAGGAGUAUCAUCGAAGGCUCGAAUGCACUAAUCCAUAAACCCGGGACUCCGGAGUCGGAUGCUACCUUGAGGGAAACGGUGAAACGUUUCAUGAUACGUUGCCGGAAGCUAGUCACCAUUCUUGGAUGCGCAAGCCCGGGUGCCGUAGAUGUGCAUGCUCCGAGCACAUCGAUGGUGCAGGCUAGUGGAGCCGCCGCUUCUUCUAGCCACGCCGGUGCUAAUACUAGCCACGUCGGUGCUUCUUCUAGCCACGCCGGUGGUGGCAGCGACUCCGGUGAAUCUGGGGAGGAAGAGGAGGUGGACUUGCAGGACGACGAAGCCCCGGAAGAGAUGAACAUGUCACAAAUGAUGGAUGCACCACCGGCCUCCCAAGAAAAAAGGGUAGGACACCCUCAUGAUGAUCCAUACAGCCCGUCACCUUUCCAAAAGCCGGUUCCUCGUCGCCGCAAGAAGACCAUGAGUGAGGGGUGCUCUAAGAGAGGAAGAAUGGGACGAUGAACUAGGGUUUGGGCAUGUUAAACUACUGUUUGGCCAUGUUGAAGUAGUGUUUGGCCAUGUUGAACUAUAAUGAGCUUUUAGUUUGCUUUGGACUUGAGGACUUUUA